UUAAGGAUACAAGUAGCUAUUACAAAAUUGUGGGCAUAAUGGUGAGUUCCAAGAAGCUAACUCAACUGUGUGUAACUUUUUGGGUGGCAGUCCUGUUUUGUCAAAGUGUGCAAUCUCAUCUUCAAGUAGGGUUCUAUAGAAAUUCAUGCGGGAGGGCUGAGUCCAUUGUGAGAGGUGCUGUUAGAGAUGCUCUCAGGCUGGAUAGAGGGGUGGCUGCUGGUCUUGUGAGACUGCACUUUCAUGAUUGUUUUGUUAGGGGUUGCGAAGGAUCUGUGCUUCUUGACUCCACCUCGUCAAACAAAGCAGAAAAGGACUCUCCUGCAAACUACCCUAGUCUGCGUGGCUUUGAAGUCAUUGACGACGCAAAGGCUAGACUAGAAGCCGAGUGUCAAGGAGUCGUUUCGUGUGCUGAUAUUCUCGCAUUUGCAGCGAGGGAUAGCUUUGAUUUAACUGGAGGGUUUGACUAUGAUGUUCAAGCAGGAAGAAGAGAUGGCAUAGUCUCACUAGCCUCGGAGACUUACUCCAACUUACCUCCCCCAACCUUUAAUGUCGAUCAACUCACUCAGAGAUUUUCAGACAAGGGUUUAACUCAAGAAGAAAUGGUUACACUCUCUGGAGCACACACCAUCGGUAAUUCACAUUGCAGGUCCUUCACUUAUAGAUUAUACAACUUCAGUGGCACACAUAGCCAAGACCCAAGUUUAGAUUCCCAAUAUGCAGCCAGUCUGAGGAAGAGUUGCCCGCAAGAUAGUACAGAUCCUAACUUGGAGGUGCCAAUGGACACUCGUACUCCGACCAUCAGUGAUGUAAAUUACUACAAGGAUAUACUGGCAAACCGAGGCUUGUUCAGUUCAGAUCAAAUUCUCCUGACCAACCCAGCAACAGCAAGUGAAGUGAAAUCGAAUGCAAGGAGUCCUUCAGGUUGGAAGAAAAAAUUUGCUACAGCAAUGGUGAAAAUGGGCCAGAUUGAAGUUCUGACAGGAAACAAAGGAGAGAUUCGGGCAAAUUGUAGGGUCAUCAACAGCUGAAGUUAGUAGCUAGCUGAACUGUUGUGCAACUUAUUUGAAGCUCGAAGAUUCGAAGUCAAAAGACCGUUAUUGCAUAUACUAUACUUUGUCAUUUGAAAAUUUAUCUUUUUUACUAUGUGAUUUUCAAUAAGUUGGGUCAAAAAGGGAUUGUUGUCAGAGGUUUCCUAAAUAAAAUGCGAUGAAUUUGUUUUUUA